AUGAGCGAUACACGUUAUUGGUCUAAAGAAUUCACGACGACUUUUUUAGAAAAAUAUCAUGAAUUUCCUUGUCUUUGGAAAAUUAAAUCCAAAGAAUAUUUAAAUAAAAAUUUAAAAACAUCAGCGUAUGAUGAAUUAGUGGAAUUGUGCAGACAAAUUCAACCUGAUGCAAACCGUGACUUUGUGGUUAAAAAAAUCCAGGGUUUCCGAGGUUCCUUCAGGAAAGAACUCAAAAAAGUGAUGAGUUCAAAACGCUCUGGCAAUGGACAUGACCAAGUGUAUGAGCCAACUCUCUGGUACUAUAAUUUAUUACUUUUCACCAUCGACCAAGAAACGCCAUCAGCAAGUUUAUGCAACAUUUCCGAAAGUUUCCCUGAAGUGACAAAUUUAGAUCAGAAUAAUGAAAAUGAUGUGCCAGAGUUGGAAGAUGGCUCUACAAAUUUAGAAAAGGUUGAUGAUCAACCGUCAACUUCCAAGUUUUUUCCUGUUUCACAACCCCAGAAAGUAAACACAAAUAAAAAAAAACGCACUGUGGAUGAAUUUAUGAUGGCAUGUACUCAGGCUUUGAGUAAAAAUACGGAAAUAGAUGAAUAUGAUGCAGUUGGAAUUAAUGUAACUAACAAGUUAAAAAAGAUGGAUAAUAAACAAAGCAUUUAUGCUGACCUUCUAAUUAACAAGAUUCUAUGUAUAGGUUUGUUGGGAACAUUAACACCUGCCACUGAUAUAUAUGAGCCGGUAGGAACUAUCCGGAAUGACGAAAUAUAUCUCAGCCACUUACAGAACACUACACCUGAUACGGCCAUGACUCAAAUAAAUUAUGAUAGUCAGAAUCUGACUCAGCAUCUGAUGCAUCCACCUCCUUUAAACUAUUCUUCUAUGAAUUCUAUCAGUUCAGCUUCACCUUACGACUAUUCUCAUCCGACAACAAGUGUUGGUGAUCUAGACUCAUCCUUAAAUAGUUCUUAG